GAUUGUUCAAAAGCUAUUCAUACUGAUACAAAAACUAGAAAUUUAGUUGAAUGCAAAUAUACAUUACAUUGUCAUGAUAGUAGAUGGGUAAAUCCUAAAACAAGUAUUAAAAAUAAUUCUGUUAUAACUGAAACAGUAUCAGCUUCAAAAAGAAAAAAAGUAAUUAAACCAGUUGAACAAAAUCACAGUUCAUAUGAAGAUACACCUAGUGAUGAUGAACCAACUCCAACUAUAAAAUAUAAUAUUCUUGAUUAUAAUGAUCCAGAAAUUGUUUCAGAUCUAUUAGACGAUAGGGAAGAUUAUAAAAUUCUGAUUAAUGAUGAAGAGUCCUCUACAGAGGAAGAUGACCGUACUUUGAGUGAAGACAGUAAAGAUGAUAUUCUGUUUGAGCAAUUUACUGCUUCUGAUUUCGACGAUUUUGAUUCUGAUUUGGAAUAUAGAUAUUCUAAUACAAAUAUUAAUUUUGAUGAUUUAUGGAUAGUGAUAGUUUUGUUAGAAACUGAUUGGUUACAAUUUAAAGGUUUUCCAAUAAGUUCCUAUAUGGCAAGAAAAUUGUUAGGAGUCAAAAGACAAGAAAAAACAUACGUAGUAUGUCCAAAAUGA